GUAAACGUUCUCAAGUUUUUAAGAUGACCCUUCCUUCCCAAUGGUUAGUGUCUGUUGCAUGUUUGAUUAGGUAGAGGAACCAAAGACUUAACUUAAAAACCCAAUCACCUAAGCAAACCAAUGAAUUCUGCCGCAAGCCCGGCCUUCCAUGAAUUCGCGCUCUUUGCGGCAACCUUGGUGCUGCUGACACCGUACACCCGGCGGCAUUGCAUGUCGCUUCGAGGAGAUAGAUAUCAUAGCAACCAAAAAGUCUUGGUCUUUGGGUGCUAGCUAGCUAGUUCUGCAUUGCAGUCCCUUCCCUAUACCGGUAGCGAGGGAGACAGAUACGAUUGAGUGAGAGUGAGAGAAGAAAGAGUGAGAAAAAGGUAUAGUGGUAGCUUUGGCUGAAGCCCUGGAGCAGGUUUGGUGGUAUAUACCCAAGAGAUUGACUCAUAGGACUGUCAUCAUUAAGCACGAACUGGUUGUUGACCAUGGAUCCACCAGCGUCGUCCAAAUCCAAAGGGGGAUCCGAUGUGGCACGGGGCACUGCUAGCAAUUCGAGUCUGAUUCUAGCCAUUCCCAAGGAAAUUUUGCAGCAAUCCCUCAAGGCUCUUCAACAGGCGGUCAUGAGCGUCAUGUGCUCGUACGGCUGUGACGCGAUACUGGUGUUUCUACCCGUGGUCAAGCUGUUGGAUGCCUUUUGGCAGCAGCUCUCGGAGCAACAUCAAUGGCAAGACAAGUCCUUGGACCUCAAGAUGAAAGUGGUCAUGACGGCAGUCAGUCACUUGCGGGGAGAUAACACCAUCUCGGAUGCUCUGGGGAUCAAUCUAGUGGAGCAAUUACGACAGUACUAUACCACUGUCCAACAGCAGGAAGAAAAGGAACAGCAAAAGCAAUGGGAUCCCACAAGCAAUACCAACAGUAUGCAGGUUACCCAUCAAUUGAUGAUGAAAAUGAUGGUACAGCACAACCGACGCCAUCAAGCAUUUCACCAGUCACAGCAGAGACAGCUUCUCCCAGGCCAAGCCACAGCCAAAGCCAAGGACCCACCACCAGUGCAGCUCCAAGAGUUGCAACAGCAACAUUUACAGAUCCAGCAAUUGCAGCAACAUCAGGGGAUGCAACAGCAGUUGAAAAAUCAAGUUCUAUGGCAACAGAAAUUGAGACAAAGUCAGGAAUAUCAAAACAAACGACGACAGAGCCUACAAAACGCAUCCUCCAUCUCACUCUGGAAAGAACUGCAGGAACGCAUGAAGGUAGUUUCGAAAAACGAUCCCGCCGCUCGACGCAGCAGUGCUCCUUCCAAUCUCGAAGGCACUGCCAACGUUGUUCCCAACCAACAAGUGCAUCAGGACAGCAACUCCAACCGUGCCUCUCUAGGAGUAGUGGGGAACAUGAUGCCCUCCAACACGUCCAGAAGAUCCUCCAAUUCCUCUUUUUCCAGACCAGCUUCUACGACACCCUUCUCCAGACCAGCUUCCACUACACCAUUCUUCCAUACCACCGCCAAUAACAUGGCCAACCAGUCUAUUCCAAUUUUCCGACAAGGUCGUGUGUCAGAAGUGGAUGAUGCCAUUAUUCAACUAUUGGGCGGGAAACAACAACUCAACAGCAGAAUUACCACCAUGGGAUCCAACAAUGAUUCGUUUUCGUACACGACAGACUCCACCUUCCCAAACAUGACAGCCUUCCCAAAUAUCGAAGGUAUUCUGGAUGGCAAGUUAAAGAAACCACCCUCUCUGUCGGAUUCUUUUUCAUCCCAAGAUCCAACCCAGAACAUCCGGAAUUCUUUUGAUUAUGAGGAGGAACCAUUUGGAAUCAAAAGGGCUGUCCAUCCUUCCGAACAAUUGGCUGCAAAGCCCUCCACUUUAGUGGCGAAGUAUAUGGAACUUAACUACAACCAAACAAACACUGCCAACCUCCAACAGAAUCACACCGACAAAGGUUGGGAAAUGCCGUUGGGAGCUUCUGGUGGGGAAAAGGCAGGGCAAAUGGAUAAGGAGGCCACAACAGACAACAGACAUUCCACUCGAAGCAAAGGUCUCAAAGCCAACAAUGAGAAUUCCAAAAAAGAUCCCACCGUCAUGCCAGAAUUUGUCAGCAACGAGCCAGUGGAUGGUGAAACCACAGAGUUCAAAGAUCCUACUUUCGACAAUUUGCAGAUUGAGGGUGACAAGAAAAAGCCAACGGAGUUCAAAGUUGCCACUGCCAACAAUUUGCAAAUUGAGGAUGAUAAUAUUGGGCCGGUGGAUCCUGGACCCACUGAGUUCAAAGAUGCUACUGCCAACUCUUUGCAGAUUGAGGAUGAUAAGAAAAAGCCAGUGGACGGUAAAUCCACGGAGUACAAGGAUGCUACAGCCGACAAUUUGCAGAUUGAGGAUGCUAAGAAUGAGCUCUCAUCUGCAAACACUCCAGAGGUUCAACCAGAACCAAAGCGCAAGACUCGGAAAAAGAGUGACCCACCCGCCAAGUCUCCAAAAUCAGCAUCACAGGAGGCAACACCAAAGAAGGAAAAGGAGGAAGUUGCCAAAAAGACUCAGGGUGUUGAACCCAGUGGAAAGGAUGCCACAGCCAAGAAGCCUGGGGUUGCUUCACUGCCAUCCGCUCCCACCACCACCCGCCGAAUGACGACACGAGGGAUGACCAGAGCAAAUAGUCAGAAUUUUCAUUCUGAAAUUGAGAAAGUGUCUGCCAGCGUCAGUCAAAACCAAGACAUGACAUCAAAAGAGCCACCAGCAGAUCAUGGGACUAAGAAGAAACGUUGGGGACCAUUGAAGAAAAGACGUCUUGAGCAGAAUGAUGAAUUGGUGGAGGAGGAAAAGCCUGUCCCGAAUGUCAUUGUCGUAGAACCGGGCUCCAGUAACUCCAGCAACAGCAGCAGCGCUGGUGAUUACCUGCAAGAAGAUAGCGAGCACAAGCAAGAUGUUGAAAUUCCCAGUACAAAGGAAGCGGCAAAUGUUGACGUUGAUGCCACCGUUGUCUCGGGCGACAAUUCUCAACUUCUCGGGUCUGACAGUGCCUGUAUUAAAAAGCAUGAAGAAAAGGCCAAGAAGAACAUACGCAGGGUCAGCUGUGAUGGGACGCAGAUCGGCGACAACGGAGCCAAGGAUAAGAAAAGCUACAAGAAAUCCACUGAUGCCAACAAAUCAAACCUUGGCGAUCGUGGAGAGAAAAAUGUAGAGAUGAAGGACGACGGCGGCGAGGUCAAAAAUGGAAAAAACAAGCACGGCAAGGAAAAAAUUGUUGAAAAAUUGGAUGCAGUCGACCCCGCAGCAAUGUACCAAACAGCCUCGAAGCUUGGUCUCGAAACUGCUCAAAAAACCGAUGAUCCGGACGGACACACGACCUCGAAACGCAAUUCCACACCUGAGAGUAACCAGAAAUCGCAGAAAAUUGCUGACAAGAAGAAGACGAAGGAUACGCUCACGGCGACUCCGCAAGGCGGUUCCGUGGAGAAAUCUGAACCAGCCUCUGCGCUCGGAAACAACCAGGUCGAAACCAGCAGACGUCGAUCAUCGCGUCGUCUGUCGUCAAAUGCAGUUGCAGAACAGAAAUCAGAAACGCCGUCGGCACCAGCAAAAAGUUCCUCGAAACAACCAAACGACCCAUCACCACGAAACACCAAGCGCACGCCCAGUCCCGGUCAGGAUGACCAUGACAUGAAACCUCGCAACGCGAAGAAGCAACGGCAGGCACUGCUCGAAGUUCAACCCGCGGCAACACGUCCCUCUACUCGACAAUCGCGCAAUCAAAGCAGCAAUCAGCAAGGGACUAAAAAUGCACCUUCUUCAUCCGAAGAAAAAGCCAUUCAAGGGACGAAAACAAAUGAUAAAAAGGAACAAGACAAGGGAGUGCAAGUGAAAAAGCCUUCAGGGAAGAGGGCUGAUGACAAGAAGAAAGCGGAUGACAAGAAGAAAUCCGAGGACAAGAAGAAAUCCGAGGACAAGAAGAAAUCCGACGACAAAAAGAAAUCUGGCGACAAGAAGAAAGCGCAAGUCAAGAAGGCACCAGAAAAGAAAUCCCAAGAAAAGAAAGAGCCUCCAGCCGAGCCCAAACAGCGCCGAGGUCCAGCCAAAACGAAGAAGGCCAAGAAGGAAGAUCCAUUUGCAGCUUUUGCAUUCUUGCCUCGCUACAACCUUCGUCAAGCCCCGAAGCAAAAAACUUGCCUUCAAGUUGACUUCAAGGGCGGCAGGACCUACGAAGAGAUAACUCAGGAGGGGAGCCAACACAAACGGAGGCAGGUGAUGCAGGACGAACUGGAUCCCUUGGCCAUCGAAGCGGCAAUACUGUGCCUCUCACCCAAGGGAAGGGUUUCCGACGUUCUGACAAAAUACGAAGCUGAUAAACACGAAGCUGACAAGCGGUCAAAAGAAGCAGAUAUUGCAGAUGAGGCCGAUCCUCAGGCAGCGCAGGAUUCAGAGCAAGAAAAGGCAAAGUCCAACCGCACGGAUUCGGCAGCCUCCAAAGAAGCUAUUAGUCCUCCAGUUAGCGAGAACGAAGAGAGAAAAGAUGACGAGAACGAAGAGAAAAAGGAUGACGACGAGGAAGCGGCAACCAAGGGGCAAUCUGAGGGAAUCGAAGAAAUGCUUCCUCCCCCUCCCCCGAUACCACGCGUAGUAGAGCCAGGCGUAGUCACCACAUCAGAGGUCAUUACCACGACUACGGAGGUGGAAACGACCAACUCUCCGGCGUCCUUGCCUGCGGAUACUGCUGUUCCUCCUUUGGAUACCAUUGUCACGCCAAUCACCAAGUUCCCCCGGAUUCUUGCGCUCGAAUGUGACGAAGAUUCCUACUCGGACGAGGACGACGACGACGACGAAGAGUUUUCAGAGGAUGAUGCAGCGUCCAUACAAUCUGCCAACGUCUCGAGAUCCGAGGCAAAGGAACAAGACGUGGAACCAUCUCACCAGCCAAAGGAAUCGUCAGAAUCCGAGCCACCGGAAAAGAAGAGAAAGGUGACAAUCCUUGCUUCCGACAAGAAGGGCGAUGGCGAGGACAAGAAGAAUAGUAGCGAAACGGCAGCACCCACCGAGAAACCAGUGUCUCUUCCAGAAUUCCUCGAUUCUCGUCGUCAGGCGAAAAAGGACCCCCGGUUCUCCUUUAUUUCGACGUUGUUGUCUACGCGAACACCCCAAUCUGCCAAGGAUGAUAUUCUGUCUGCCUACGAUGCCUGGCAAGGCUCGCGGGAAAAAGAUGCCACGACGCUGUCCGAAGUGGAACAAGCCGAACAAGCUUUACAGCUUGCCAAGGAACGGCAUGAACGGCAACAAGCCGCCACGGCCAAGACGCAUCAAUCGUAUCAGUCAUUGGUUCAAAAGCACUACCGUCCAGACACACGUACCUUGCGACAGAAGCGUCUUCGUCCUGCGUAGUGGCUGGAGUGGACGCACGUGCCAGGCCGUGGCUGUGAGUGUAUUCCUGGCUAUGAUCGAGGUGUUUGAAGAACAGCAUCCAGCAAGGAAUGGACCAGUCAGUCGUGAACAAACAACAAUCUAUCUCUGAAAAUGAAACGAAACAAACCACACGAAUGAUGGGGUGGAACGAACCUUAUGAAAACCCACGUCUGAUGCGUUGUCUAUGGGAGUCUCUAUAAUAUUGCAAUGACAACGUACGGUAUAAUCGAAUCGAAUCUAUUUAUUUUUGGUGAUAUCAGCUGAUCAGUUAUGAUUCGAAUCAAUGGAAGCAACGUUAUUUUGGGGAAGCAAUGGUACAGUAUGUAUAUCCUUUCCCUUGACUAAUUAUUAUAAAACGUUGUUUGAAAUGGGAAGUACCAUUGGUGCUGUCUACUUUUAUGUGGCCAUGCCGAACCCAACGAUUACCACCACCAUACAGGCAAUCUGCGAGUUGCUUGCAGUGAUGUAUGUAAACUAAGCAAGCAACACCCAAACAAAAACCAAGGUACUCUAGUA